UAAAGAAGAAGACGUUGUUCUGAAGAACGUUUGAUUAUGGCUGAAGUCCUGAGUAGUUUCACCACCGGUUUUUUUCGUACUAGGCUGUGGACGAGGAGUCAAAGGGGUGAUGGAAGCAGGAACCUCUCGACGGCCUUGUGGCGCAGGUGGGGCGGCAUGGGAUCUACCCGCAAGAAGAACCUUCACAACGGAGGCGCCUUGGCAGCCGGAGCGGAUUGCUGGGGUGAGGCAGCCCUGCAAAAGGGGGAGCUCGGAUCCAUCUAUGGGGGCGUCUGCCACUGGGGACGUCGUAGAUCAGCGAGAAGCAUCACCGGCCGAACCUAUGUCAAGUGCAACCAAGAAGGGCACAUGAGCCGGGACUGUCCCACUGCUGCCUCGGGAGGACGACGAGGAUGCCUCAGGUGUGGCGAGGAAGGCCACAUGAGCAGAAGUUGAUCUGCAGACAUUUGGGCGGGACACACCCAGAUGCGGGCUGCUGCGCUUCGUGCGUGGUCAAUUGUGCGUAUUUUGUGCUAUAUAGUUCACUUAAUUUUAGAAAAUUUUGAAAGGUGUACUUCUUUAAAUAUGAUGUUGAUAAAUAUAUUCUUAUA